AUGCCCUUUGGCACAGAUGUGUCUAAGCUUGACACAUACUUUAACGAUUUAACUUCCUGCUCGCUGCUUGGCUUUUUGAAAUGCAAGCGUCUAACGGAUAAAAGAAAAGCUCACAGUGUGUAUAAAGGGACUCUUAUUUAUCUUGCUCAAGACGAUACUCUCAAGCCCGAAAAUAAAACAUUUGCACAAGCUUGUUUAAGCGUUUUUGAGGGAGCUGCUGCUCUGACCUCUGUGCUAUUAAUGGAGCUGUUUGUUCGACCUCUGUGUCAAUGGUGGAACUACCUCUGUGUUGGUUUGGAUUACACACUACCUCCCAUCCUCUGUGUUGCGGAGUUAAGACCUCGUAUCUCUUUGGAACAAGCUAAAUCAGUAGCAGUACAACAAUACUGGAUGAAGACAAGAAAGGAACAACUGGGAGAUGAGAUCGAUCUUGAAGAGAUUGGCAUGUUAAAGCCACCAAGGAUAUACGAGAACAAGGUCGCUUGUUACGAAAAAAAAUUACAAGAAAACUUGAAAAUCGGAUCCGAUGAUAAUUAUCAAUCUAUUCAACUGAAGCGAAGGAAAAGUCUAUCAAAAAAGGGUAAAAAGAAGGCUAAAAAAAAAGACAACCAUGAUGACACAUUCUCUAAUCCAUGA